GUCCCACGCUUGCUCGACUCCCCGUACAGUUGUCAUGCCGAAAUGGCGUCUGGGAUAAAAUGCAGUGAAUCUUGUAUUGAUGCUUACAAUGACUUGAAGUUCCGGAAGGAUUGUCGGUAUAUACUGUUCCAUAUUUUUGAUGACAAAGAAAUCCGUGUGUGCCACAAGGCCGAACGAAGCGCCACUUAUGAUGAUUUUAUUCGGGACCUGAUUGCUGCAAGAGCCAAGGGAGAGGCGAGAUACGCAGUUUUCGAUUAUGAAGCUCCCGGGAAGUUACCCAGCUUAAUUUUCAUCACCUGGACACCAAGUGAUCUUGACAUCCGGGCGAAAAUGAUUUACGCUGCAUCGAAGGACGCCAUAAAGGGGAAACUCGUUGGUCUAAAAAAUUAUCUGGAUGCUCAUGACCUUGAGGAUCUCAGAGAGGAGGAAUUAUACAAGCGCUGCCAUCCUUAA